CCCGAGCCGGGACAGUCACUCACUCUCUGGGCGGUGGGGCCGGGCACAGACAGCGCCGCCCCCCCACGUCCCCCCCCACCUCUCACGCCCUCGGAAGUGCAGGCUCGCGGCGCUGCUCUGGGGGGCUCCCCGGCACCCCAGCCUCUCGCCCCCAGCCCGCAGCACCUCCGGCCCCCCCCUCGAGAGGUACCAGGAGUUGUCGCAGGGGGGCCUCGGGAAAUUCCCUGGACCCCUGUGCCAGGAGGUGCCCGGUGCGCCCGCCCCCCCACCCCGAGGGCGGUGCCCGGGGGCGCUGCCCCAUGGAGCGGGGAGGCGGGCGCCGUCUGCUCCCGGAGCCGUGACCCGAGUCGGAGCUGUGUGUCGCAGCCGCCCCGACCCCCGCGGAUCAUGCGCCGUCGCCCCUGGCCCGCCGGUCCCGCCGGGCUGUGAGCCCCCCACUCCUGGCCCGUGACGGCCCGCGCGCCAUGGGCAGCACCCACCCUUGCCCCUGGCUGCGGCUCCGACCUCGGCCCCAGCCGCGGCCCGCGCUCUGCGCGCUCCUGUUCUUCCUACUGCUGCUGGCUGCCGCCGUGCCCAGGUCUGCACCCAACGACAUUCUGGGCCUCCGCCUCCCCCCGGAGCCCGUGCUCAAUGCCAACACGGUGUGCCUGACAUUGCCGGGCCUGAGCAGGCGGCAGAUGGAAGUGUGUGUGCGCCACCCUGACGUGGCUGCCUCCGCCAUCCAGGGCAUCCAGAUCGCCAUCCAUGAGUGCCAGCACCAGUUCCGGGACCAGCGCUGGAACUGCUCCAGUCUGGAGACUCGCAACAAGAUCCCCUACGAGAGUCCCAUCUUCAGCAGAGGUUUUCGAGAGAGCGCUUUCGCCUACGCCAUCGCGGCUGCCGGGGUUGUGCACGCGGUGUCCAAUGCUUGUGCCCUGGGCAAACUGAGGGCGUGCGGUUGCGACGCCUCCCGGCGCGGGGACGAGGAGGCCUUCCGCCAGAAGCUGCACCGCCUGCAGCUGGACGCGCUGCAGCGCGGUAAGGGCCUGAGCCACGGGGUCCCGGAACACCCAGCCUUGCCCCCUGCCAGCCCGGGCCUGCAGGACUCCUGGGAGUGGGGCGGCUGUAGCCCCGACGUGGGCUUCGGGGAGCGCUUCUCUAAGGACUUUCUGGACUCCCGGGAGCCUCACAGAGACAUCCACGCACGCAUGAGGCUCCACAACAACCGAGUUGGGAGGCAGCUCAGCAACUUUCUCAUUGCCCCUGCCUAA